AUGUCGAAGUCGAACGAUAAGAAGAAGGAAAAGACGGCGCUUCUGGAUGGCAUGGCCACGGACCUGUUCAAUCGCGUGGAGAAGCCCAUCGAGUACCACAAGCUCUCCCCGUCCGAACACAUGGACAGCAUCACCGCGAUCCAUAGGAUCCUGUCGCAGAUUCAGAAGCACGAGAAGGGACGCCUUUCCACGGAGCCACCAGCCGAUGCAGCUACUCGCAUGAAGUACUUGCAGGAGUGGCUCGAGCAGAACAACGUGACGGUUGACGGGGUCAAGCUCGACGGGAGUCUGCCCGAGGGUCCUGGGGUGGUGGCAACGCGUGACUUUAACGAGGGGGAGCUCGUUGCCUCGUUCCCGUCCGAUCUCAUGAUGACUCAGCUUACUGCCGUCCAAUCAGUUAAGGACGUGGGGCUGAUUCAUUCCACGGACGUCUGGUUCCGGGCCGUGCCCUCCCUCAUCCUCGCCAUGCACCUGCUCUUCGAAAAGCAUCGUCCGGCAGGCUCCCCGUCCAAGUGGUUGGGGUACAUCAAGUCGCUGCCAGGCCAGCACUGUCUGUCCGAGUUCAACCAGGACGCCUCCCCUGACGACAUCAUCCUGCCCCUCGCCUUCAGUCUCGAGACCGUCUCGCUCCUGCAAGGAACCACGGCUCUGCCAGAGUACCACCGAAUGCUGCGCACGGUGGCCAAGCAGUAUUGCCACAUGCGCACGGUGCUUAGGCAGUUGGGAGUCAUUGCAGCCCCCCUCAAGACCGCGUCCAGGGAGUGGUUCUGCUAUGCCGAGUUCCGAUGGGCUGUCUCUAUGGUGAUGAUGAGGCAGACGCAGGUGCCAGUAACAGCAGAGGCACUAGAGACAGCAGUGAAAAAGAACCCCAGUGCUGCUGCUGCAGGCGUUGCAGGCACCCCUGCUGAAGCUGCUGCCACUGCUGCUGCAACCGCCGCUGCUGAGGCUGCUGCUGCUGCUAGCGCUGCUGCUGGUGGUGAUGCUGCCGCUGGCGAUGCUGCUGCUGGUAGUGCUGACGCCAGUGCUGCCCCUGCUGCUGAUGCUGCCGGCGCGUCAACUGCAGCAGCAGCUGCUGCUGGGCCUGUUCGCCAAGUGAUGGCGCUCAUCCCCUUUAUAGACAUGUUCAACCAUGAGGAGGGCCCUAUAACGAGUACGUUUGGCGUUGGGAGCAACGUGAUGGAGGUCGCUGCCAAGCGCAACUUCAAGGCCGGCGAGCAGGUGUACCUGUCGUACGGCUACCGCCCCAACACCAUCAUGCUGCUCUACUCGGGCUUCAUCCCCACCUCCAACGACAGAGACCGCUUCCGCAUACCACUGGAGCUGUCGCCCUCCGACCCACUCUACAAUAAGAAGCUUGCACUCCUCAAGUGGCUGGAGCUACCGCCCUCCACCUAUCUGGACCUCUUCUGGACUGGCAAGCCAUCCCCUGAGCUGGCCACGUGGCUUAGAGUGGCGACCACCACGGAUGAGGCGCAGAUUACAGAGGACCUGCGAGGGGCCAUUGCUGCACGUGCCAAGGAGACAGCCGAACUGCUGGAGGCACAUGGAAAGGAUAAAGCAACAGCAAACGGACAUUCUGAACCCGCGAGCAAACCAGCCAGCAGCGCAGAUGUAACACUGUCCAAGGCCCAAGCUGACCUGCUCAGCAGUAUCUGCCAACGCAAGCUACAGGAGCUCCAGGCAGGGGCCACAGCAGCAUCACCUGCACCCGCUGGUUUAGGCUUGGGCGGAGGCUUGGACGCACGUUCGGCGGGAGCUAAGGCGUGUGAGAAGGAACUGCAGUUGGCUCGGCAGCUAAGGGAGGCGGAGGAAGGGGCUUUGAGCAAGGCACUGGAGAUGUGUGGUCUCGUGAGCGCUUAA